AUGGAGAACGGCUGGUGGCUUGCAGGUGCGGGGCCGGACUGCUUCCUCAGGGAUGAAAGCCAGCCAGGACCGGAGCGGAGCACGGUGCCGGUCAAUGGCCCCAUCGCCUUGAUGAUCAUAGCCUCCCUCAUACACGUGAAUUCAAUACCGACUGGAACCCAGUCGCGGUUGCGACAAGACGUCGCUGCUGUUCCGAAACCGGCCAGCUGGUCGAGGGUUGCCAGACGUCAGCGCGGCGCGGCACGAGGGACAGGGGGGGUGGCUGGCAAACCCCGUGGUCAGCUCCCAGCUCCCAGCUACCUGGGCUGGCUUUACCCCUCGUCUUCCGCCUCGCAACCUGAAUACCCCUCUGAUGGUGUCGCUGUCCCACUUGUUUCCAUGACCAAUAUCCAACGGGCAAGUCAUCUUGUCACAGUUGUCAGGCCUGGGCAUAUUCGAAGUGAGGCCCAGGCCGAUCGGGGUGGGACCAGCGGAGCGGUAGGGAACCGGGGCUCCGAGGCCGGAGACGGCGCCGAUGAGAGAUUCACGCAAUUGUCCAUCGUCGAGUCGGAUGUCCCUUCCGUGUCCGUCUGCAUGACCCCCCAUCCAGUUACAUGUAAGCACCUGCCUCACUGUCUCGCUUCUCGCCCUCUGCUCUCAAACGAGACGGGCGGCGAUAUCUACCGAAUGCUACGCUGCAUGGUGCGAACGCAGGUGAUGAUGGAUCAGCGGGUCGUCAUUCGCAGCUCGUCACGAUACACAACGACGGUGGAGCUGCAGGAAACACUGAGUUGGUACCUCCUUUGCAGCACCCUGGCAAGCCUGACAGCCCUGGCUGGAAACCGGACGCCCAUGUUGAGCCCGAAGACCGGAUCUGCAUCUCGACAAUGUAUGAUGAGCGAGGCGCAGGCUUCAGAAUGA